UGACAUCACGGACUCAGGAGGUAGGUUGUAGCCUCCUCUUUGGUUGGAGCUAGGAUGGUCAUACUUCAGCUUUCAAUCAAUCGAGGUAUCAUUGUAUGAAAUGGAAGCUGAAGACGAAGAAAGACUUUUCACUGAGUAAAGGAGCGGAUGACGAAUAUAUUUCCGAAGCGGCGUAAAAAAUGUUGGGAAAUGUCUUGAGUGCUGCAGAAUUAUUGGUGAACAAGGGCAUAUGUCAUGAGACAUGGGAAAGAUGGAACAAGACGGCUGAAAUAUUGCCGUCUGUGGGACAAAAACAGUAUGAGCCAAAUAGUUGUUGGCUACAGAAGAAGCAGAUCGAAAAGGGGCUCAAUGAUCGAAAAGAGUUACUUGGUGUGGAGAGGGUUGAGCGAAAGUCACAACUUGCUGCUGCUGAGUGGUUGCCACAGGAAUCACGGGCUCGAGUAACAAAAAAAUCUGGUCAAGAAUGGACAAAUUUUGGUGUAGAAGAGAACUGCCAAUUAUAUUUAAUUCCUGAAGAGGCCUUAAUGCUACUAGAAUUGAAUUGCUUGGAACUAAGUUGGGAUGGAGUAGCGCUUUCUGUACAGCAGGCUUACAGUAUUCUACUUGAAUCAAACCCAUCUGGAUGUACCCUACAUGAGUAUAGGGUGUACAGUCAUUUGGUACGGCAAGGUUAUCGACUGCAAAGAUAUCGGUUCAACGAUUGCUGUAUGGCUAAGAAUGACAGCAUUGAAUCAACGCAACUCAGAACAUUUAAACGAAAAAAGCUAGUUCACGAUCCCUGCAACAGUUUUUGGCUAAAGAGCAAUCUAUGUGGCGACCAGGCAAAAAAUUCUUCCGAUCAUGAAAUAAUCAAGCCAGAGGUGGAUAAUCAGGAGACCAAAAGUAACACAAGUAGUAUCGCUAAGAUUUCUAAACCAUCAUCCAGUGAUGGCCAGGGCGACAAAAUGGAAACUCACUUCAGUUACAUUAAUAAACAAGAGACAAUGUCCCCAUUGUUGAAUAAGGAGAGUAAUAAAUCAAAUGAUACAUGUUUGAAGAGUUUAAGGGUUUCAGCAAGCGAGGCAUACGACAAUGGAGUAUUGAAUCUUCCAGGUCCAAGUAAAUUUUGUAUCAACAAUGACAAUAAGAAUUCACCAAGGACCUCACGGCUGCGGAUUAUUUCGAACGAAACUUUUCUGGGGGAUUUGAAGAUAGUUUCUGCAUGUCCAGGGUCCCAUGUACAUAAAAAAGUUCGGCAGUUCCCUAAAGAAGAAAUUCUCGCAGAUGACAGUGACGUAUUAGACCACCUUAAAAAAUCAAACCAGAUGCAAGGCUCUGACAAUUCUGGAAUCAAAGAGGUGUUCGGAGUAUCUAAAAUGGACAUUCAUAAGAAAAAUGUGAAUGCCGACGAAGGAGUUGAAGUCGAGGUCAUCGAGGUUUCUGAUGACGAGAUUCAAGAGGUGCCACAGAGAAUGCCACGCAUAGAAAUGCUGAAUUUAUUACCGAACUGUGGGUACACGAAGUUUGUUGCUACACCAAUAUUGAGGAGAUAUUUGCCUCCAAAUGUAAAUCCAAAAAGAGUUUGGAAACCCGAUUUGACAACAAAAAUUUCAAAUUUGGAUAAGUGUUCUUUCAACAAUAGGGUACACAAAAUAUCACAAGUAACCGCUAUGAAAGCUGUAAAUAUCCCUGCGCCAACAAGCUUCCCUGGAAACAAGCAUGCGAAUCAUGAUUGUACAAACCAAGAGGUGAUCAAGAGUUUAUCAUCAUUCAAAAAAAUUUCUGGUGCUUCAUCCUGGGCUGAAACCAAGGCAAAGUGGCUGGAAGAAGAAACAAUCACGAUAGAGGACGAGGAGUACAAACCUAACGAGGAGACUGAGGUAAAAGUGCUGGCACAGCUUGUAAAACCCUUAGUUGGCCCACAAAAUGCUUCGAGCCUUACUCAAGUUUAUAAAAGUCUGCAGAUAAUAAAAGCAUCGACGUUCAAUAACGUCAGGUGGCUGAGGAAACGCAAGCAACCUGGUUACAAAAUAUCUUAUAAUUUGUACUCUACAGCUCAACAUUUCAAGAAAUCCAAUCCAGGAACCCCCAUGUCUAGAAUAGUUGUAUGCAAUUCUGGAAAUACCCCUGUUAUCGAACUGGCAGAUAUACUACUCUUACAAAACGAUGCCAAAGAUACACCUGUAAUUUUGGCUUGUGUGUCAGAGGCCUCAGUUAAUUUUGUCGAGCUUGGAAGGGUAAGAAUACCCGUGGCUUAACAUAACUAACUAAGACACUGAAGCAGUGUAUCAGCUUUUUUUGUUCAGAUAUUGUUAUGAAAAACCUGGUGUCAAAUACAGCUAUUGCAAAAUCACAGACAACUGUGCAUAUCGAAUAGGUGCAAUGUUCAUCCGUCAUCUUGUUGCAACAUUAGGGUGUCGGCGAAAAUGUAAUUACAAACUAUGAUUUUCACGUAUUAUCAUCACUAUAAAUAUGUUCUUCACAAAUAAAAUCCAAACAACUAAGA